GUCCGAAACACGAUUGCAAGCAUGGAGCAGCGCAACGUGCGACCUGCACCCCUUCCUCCCUCAGACGUACCAGUCUCGGCCCCCCUGCCCUUCACAACGUCCACGUCGUUUGCGAGCGACUUUGGCACGCCUCGAAGCGAUAACCCUAACACCAUCAUGGACAGUUGCGACUACUCCCGCGUAAAAGACGACGUGAAACCGAAGCGGCAGUCGCUGCAUCGGGGCGGCCAGAGCUACCGCAACCUGCACCGCACCACGUCUCGCGGCGUCCUCACCCGUCUCGAGUCGUUCAUCCACCCCGAACAUGCCAAGGCACUGCUGCCCACGCGUGUAUUGUACAUUUCCGUGGCGAUAGCCCUCAUUGCAUCGUUUCAAUCGGGCUGGUUGCUCUCCCAGCUCAACUACCUUCCUUUCAACGCGGGAUGUGCUGUCGUCCCGGUAGUUGUGCCCGGCACGUGCAUCAUGUUUCCAGGUCAUUCCAAGCGCGAAUGGACCAUGACGGUGACGGCGUGGAUCGUGGGGGCCGCCAUUGGCGCCGGCCUGAGCAGCUUCCCCGCCGACAAGAUUGGGCGCAAGCAUACCCUUCGAUUCAACGCGUUCGUAAUGGCCGCGGGGGCGUCCGUCCAACUCGUUUCCCACGACAUUUACACGUUUGCAGGUGGGCGGUUGCUUUCGGGCAUCGCGUCGGGCACGGCCAUCAACGUGUCCAACGUCCUCAUCAGCGAAAUCUCUCCGUGUGAGAUGCGGGGUCUCUUUUCUACUGGCAUUCAAGCCGCCGUGUCCAUCGGGUCGCUCUGCGUCACUACAGCGCAUUACGCUGUGGGGACGACCCACGAAGUGGCGUGGCGGGCCCUCGUGGCAGUCCCAAUCGGUCUAGCGGCGGCGCAGCUCGUGCUCAUGCCGUGGAUGGCCCAGAGUCCAAUGUGGCUGGUGGGCCAAGGCAAGCUGGACGACGCCACCGCCGCCAUGAAAGUUCUGUACCAACCGACCAACUUUCACGCGAUUGUGGACUCGCUCGUGGCGGGGCACGCCGACGAAGCCAAGGAGCUGGCCGGCGUGAGCCCAUGGCGUAUUUUGUUUUCCAAGAAGUUCCGGCUGCAGCUUGUGAUUGCCGUCGUGCUGUGCAUGGCGCAGCAGCUCGGGGGCAUCAAUGCCAUCAUGUUCUACUCGGCGAGCAUCUUCUACAAAGCGGGGCUGUCCGACCCCCGAGUCGCCAACACCAUCGUCAACGUGAUUCGCACGACGGCAAACCUCACAGCCGCCCGCAUCAUGGACAAAUUCCAGCGAAAGACGAUGCUCGUGACUGGCAUGACGGUGAUGGCCGUGUCCGCGGGGGGGCUUGUGCUCGGCCUCGUGCAUGCAAACGCGGCGGUCGCGGUCACAUGUGUGUGCGUGUACAUUAUCGCAUAUUGUGUGUCCAUUGGAUCCAUGGCGUGGAUGGUGUCGGCGGAGCUGUUUCCAGACUUUCUCAAAGCGGACGCCGGGGCCGUCGGCACAUUUAGCACGUGGGUGAGCAACUUUGGCGUCGGCGUGUUCUAUCCGAUGCUGGCAGACGACGACGCCCUGGGGAACUAUGCGUUUUGCAUCUUCAUUGGGUGUUUGGUAGCUGUGACAACGUUCGUGGCCGUCGUUGUGCCCGAGACGGCCAACAAAACGUAUGUGGAGAUCCAGGCGGCGUUUGGAAUGUCCCCCCCCGUCGAGGACGAAGAGACUGCGAUGGCCCCAGAGAUGAUCCUUCCGGCUGACCACAACCCGUGGAGGACGGCGUGCUGCGACGACGUUGCCGAACCCAUGUCCGAGAACACCCCACAGAUUCCCAUCGUCAUCGAAGAGGUUAUGGCUAAAGAAAGGCGGGACAGCAGCGAUCAUAGCAGCAACAGUAAUUCCAUUGGGUUACCAUUAGAAGAAGAAAGAGGCAGUCGAAAACGCGAGGCGUAGGACACGGCAACAUGCACAGCAGGGGGUGGCAUCUGUACCAUAAUAAUAUUAGAUAAUCCAGUCAGCUCAGUUGUUCCCUAUCAAGCCAAA